UUCUAUCUCUGUUAUAAAUUUCACCCCGAUCCGACAUCGGCGUCCCCGGUUUUCAAGAGGGUCAAAAAAAUGGGGGGGGGGUACCCUUAAAUAAUGUGUACAACUCAAAAAUAGUAUGAGAUAUGUUCAUGUGAAUAAUUCUAAGUAACGGUUGAUAUAACUGUUGCCGAUCCGGAAAAUAAGUUUUCACAAAUAUCUGGAUUCUAACGAAAAUUUUCUUCUAAUAGUUAAUUGAAGUAAGAGUUGAUAAUAAAAACCAUAAUUUACAGACUAUCAGAGAUCUAUCGUACAAUUACAGUGAGUUGUUUUCAUUUAAAAUUUUUAUACAUCGAAAAAAAUGACCAAUUGUCGUUUAAUUUAAUUGUGCACGUAGCAUAUCAAACAUACUUUUUUCCUUCCAUUCUCAUCCAUUUCCUUUCCAUUGCGAGUAUCAAAUUAGUGUCGCUAAGAGGUGUUCUAUCGGUAGAGAGUUUUUCGUAACUUUUAUGCAGAAAAAAACGAAAAACAGAUUUAUUAUUUAAUAUGAAAUUUACCUAUUUCUAUUGCUUGUUUAUAGUCUGUCUAAUAUUUAAUAUCAAAGGUGAUGUACAUGAAUGUACAAAAAAUGACAAUAAUGAAACAUUGUGUGAUGAUGAUGACGAAAGAACAGAGAAUUCUUCUCGUAAUAAGCGUAUGAUAUUUAGAGAUAAAUCUAAAUUAGUGAAACCAAAUCAAAAAUCAUCUGAUCAAAUUAAUUCACAAACCGUACAAGCUUAUCUUGUUCAAGAAGGUGUUAGUUCAAUAUUACAAAAUUUAUUAUUAGCACAUGUUAUUUAUCAAGUCUAUCAUAAGCCUUCAUCAGAAAAUCCAACAUCAUUAUCAUUUAAUGAUACAAGAAAUUUACUAUCGGCCUUAUCAUUUGGUCAAGGUACAGAAGGAUUUGGAAACGUGGCACGGGAUGAUUUAGAAAUAUUAAUGAAACAACUCGAUAAUUGGUCACAAAAUCAUUUAAAAGAGACAACCACCGGUCGUCUAUCAUUACCUGAAUUAGCGUUUUUAUUUGCUGUCGAUGGGUCCACGGUAGAAGAUGACGAAAUGAAAGGACUUAUUAUUGAUAAAUUGAGAUCAAAUUUUAACGACAGCAUAUUAAGUAAACAAGAAUUUGUACAAAUGUAUGAAAAAGAUCCGGGCAUUGGUGAAAUGAAUAAUGAAUUGCAACAUUCAUUAGAAAACUUAUACGAUGCAUUACAAAGACAAUUUCGUGCAUGGAAUUUCAAUAUCUUUCGACGACUGGUUUUUCGUUUUAGCGAGAUUAAACAAUCAGAACAAAAAUCAAAAUGGUUCAGAAAUAACAAAAAUAAUUAA